UUGUUUUUGUUUUUAUUAUAUUUUGUUUUUUAAUCUUAGAAUUCGCACUGUGUUUGAAGCUAUUUGACUUGGGAAUUUGGUGAGCCUUGUUUCGCUGUAAGCUCUGAACUUGCUUAAUGGGUGCUCCAGCUUGAAUUUUGCCGUUUGAAUUGGCUAUGUUUUUGGUCGGUGAUGGAAACGGCGUAAUUUAGGAUCUAUUCCUGGCCAAUGUUUUAGGGUUUCAGGUUGAGGGAUAUCUUCAGUAUUAGCUUUGGAUGCUUAUUGCAUAUGAAUGUUGAGGGGUUAGACAUUGCGUUUGGAAUGGUACAGUUGUUUUAAUAUGCCAAAUUUAGUUUGUUUGUUUUGGGAUAUGUGGGUUGGUUGACUCAGUCACAUUGAGUAUGGUGCUUGCUAGUGUUUGUUGAGUGCUUAGAAAAAGUAACGAAGCCUGAGGAGAUAGUUGGUGAAUGAAAGGUGUUGAAGGUUUUUGACUUUGGAUUGAAUGGAGAACUUGAGGUGAAACUUGUUGAGCAUUGCAUUGGGUAGGGGAGAUGCCACCUUCCCCGGCAUUUAGAUGCUCUCCUGGUAGAGAGUCAAGAUCAGACAGUCACAAGCGCGGACGCAGUCUUGAAAGUGGAUUGCACUUAAGAGAGAAAGAUGAAGAUCUUGCUUUGUUCAGUGAAAUGCAGUCCAGAGAAAAAGAGGGCUUUUUGCUUCAGCCAUCAGAUGACCUGGAAGACUCAUUUUCCCAGAAGUUGAGACAUUUUUCUGAUAUCAAGCUUGGGAUAUCCAUUCCCGGUCGAGGAGAAACCAGUGAAUUGCUUAAUGCAGAUGGUGACAAGAAUGACUAUGAUUGGUUAUUGACACCACCGGACACUCCACUGUUUCCUUCACUAGAUGAUGAACCAGCAGAAAUAAAUGUUGUGAGCAGAGGCAGGCCUAGAAGUAAACCUAUUUCCAUAUCAAGAUCAUCUACGAUGGAGAGAAGUUACAAAAGCAGUAGGGGCAGUGCAAGUCCUAAUCGCUUAAGCUCAUCCCCUCGAUCUGGGAAUAACACAUUGCAAUCAAGGGGAAGGUCUUCAUUGACGCCAAAUUCUAGUCCAACUCAAGUUAUUAGACAGGCUACUCCAACAAGAAGACCAUCUCCACCUCCAACAAAGCCCGCAACACCUGUUUCUAGGUCCUCUACUCCUACUCCUCGGCGAAUCAGCACUGGCUCGGGUAGUCCUGCCGUCUCAUCUGGGAUUAGGGGAACUUCCCCUGUUAAGACAAGCCGUGGAAACUCCGCUUCACCAAAGAUAAGAGCAUGGCAAACAAACAUUCCUGGUUUCUCUUCCGAAGCUCCUCCUAAUCUCCGGACAUCUUUGGCUGAUCGGCCGGCAUCAUAUGUGAGGGGUUCAUCCCCAGCAUCCAGAAAUAGUAGGGACUCUACUUCUAAAUUAGGUAGGCAAUCAAUGUCUCCCACGCCUUCCAGGAGCAGCAGUUAUAUUAAUAGUCAUGAUCGAGAUCAAUUUAGUUCACGCAGCAAAGGUUCUGUCAUAUCUUCUGGUGAUGAUGAUCUGGACUCUCUUCAGUCCAUCCCUGUGGGUAGCCUAGACCGAUAUGGUUCAAGAAGGGGUGGUUCAUUUUCAAACAGCAAAUCUCCCUCAAUUUCCAAGAAGCCAGCCAGGAUGGUGUCCCCAAGUUCUGCUCCUAAAAGAUCUUUUGAUUCUGCUCUACGGCAAAUGGAUAAAAAAAGUCCUCAGAACAUGUUCAGGCCUCUCUUGUCAAGUGUGCCAAGUACAACCUUUUAUGUUGGAAAAGCAAAUUCUGCACAACGAUCCCUGGUAUCUAGGAACUCCUCUGUCACAACAAGCAGCAACGCAAGCUCUGAUCAUGGUACAAGUUUUGCACCAGAUACUGAAGGGAGUGACCACAAUCAAGAAGAUGCCAGUGAAACUGAAAAGAUAGUAUAUGCUGACGUUCAUGAGGAAGUAUUUUCCUUUGAUAAAACUGAUGUAUUAAAUGCAAACAUUGAGCAUGAGAUCAUUGAUGAAUCAGUUGAUGUCCUGCACCAUAAAACUAUAGGCCCUAUGAUUGGUUUAGGUCCCACUGAAUCUGAGACUUUUGUUUAUCAUAGUAUUGACAAAGAAUUCAGUGAAAGUUUAGAAACGUCCGAUGCCAUAGUUGACAUUUCUGAAACUAGUGCUUUUGAGAAUACAGAAAUCUGUUCUAAUUGUGGUUGUCCUCUGGAGGCCACUGAUCAAACUGAGAAGAAUCUUAGACUAUGUCAAGAAUGCAGCAGGAAAACCACAUUGUUGAGACAUAUCAUCCCGGAUGCAACUUUGUCAGUUUCCAGUGACAAUUCAGUGAAUUCCACAAGCAUUCCUACAGAAGAAAAACCAUCACAUGAAACAGACCAACUAGCUGUUGAGUCUAGACUGUCUCAAGAGAAUAAUGUGAGUAACGUGAGGUUUCCCCUUGGAGAACCAGGUGCAGAGGCAAAUCACACUUUUCCGAGUGAAUAUAUUUGGGACAACUCGCAACAAAAUCCUCUCUCAAGUUCAGUGGAGAGAAAUGAGCAGACGUCUACUAAUCAGCUAGAGGUGGACCAGUCAGGGGUUGAUUCCACGAAGCCUGAUAAUCAUUCCGGGGAGCAGCAGUUGUCUCUUUCCAAAGACCGCUCAAUUUUGAAAGCUGACCUCUUGGAAGGCACUGGCAUCUCUGUACUACUAAAAAGGUCAAACAGUAGCAAAGGACCUGUAAUUCAGGGCAGGACUUUUACUGCCACAACGCUAUCUUAUGAUGACCUGUCCUUUGCAAGAAACAGCAUUAACAGUAUUAGAAGUUCAACGGGCCGUAGCAGCUAUUCUACCUCAUCAUCUGUUGAUUUCAGCUCAACAAGACAUUCUGAUUUUCGUGUCCAAAGGCAGUCAAGUGGCAGGAAAUUGGAUGUAGACUAUGGAUAUGACGUCAGGAUCAGGCCUCCAAGCCCUGGUUCAUCUUUUUCUGGAAUGUCAACCCAUUCGUACCAUGGAUUAGGUUUUACUACACAAGAAACUUCAUCUGGCAAUACUGAAUGCAGCAACCUAGAGGGGAUACCCCAACAUCUGCGAGAAAUGCAAGCUUCAGAAAAUACAGUGACAGAUGUGAUUGAUUCUUCUAUGAGUUCCAUUGUUGCCAAGGAAGAUAAUCUUGAAUACCAUGACCGUAGUAGAACAGCUGAUGCUUGUAUCUCAGUAUUAGUAAGCCCGGCUACUGGUGUUCGGCCUGAUCACAAUUCAGUGGCAUCAUUUCCAAAUCAUGAAAGCUGUAUUUUAAGUGAUAGAAUUGAAGACCAUCCGAAUAAUGUGGGCAGUGUGCCAAAUACCGAAACAUCAGUUCAGGAUGCAAAGUCAUCUUUUGAUGAGGAAAAUGAUAUGGAGAACUCUAAUGUGGAUGGAUUGGAUGCUCUGGUUACUACCAACACUUCUACAAUUGAAGAAUCAGAAAUAGAUGGGGAAAAAUUUAGUCAGAAUGAUACUGGAGUGGUGGAUGAUGAUCCAUCACUUGUAUCAAAAUGCCCUGUUGAUGAUUUUCAGGAACCUUCUGUUUCAAUUUCUUCCAGUGAUUCUCUUGCAGCUUCUGUUUCUGAGCUCAACGCCUCCGAGUACUCCCAUGGCAUAGAAGGAUCCACAGUUACGGUGGAGUGUCAAGAUGGUGUUAACACCAGAAGCUUGACACUUGAAGAGGCAACAGAUACUAUACUUUUCUGCAGCUCUAUCAUCCAUGAUCUUGCAUAUAAAGCUGCAACGAUUUCAAUGGAAAAGGAACACUCAGAACCAUUGGAAGGUUCUGAGCCGACAGUGACUAUAUUGGGGAAACCCAAUUCCGAUAUAAAGGACACACGCAGCCAGAUUGCCCGCAAGCGUGCUAUGAAACCUCAGAAGGCAAGGCCUAAGAUGGUAGAAACUGAUGUAAAAUCAGAAUCGCCUACCAAGACUGAGAAUGAUGAAAAUACUGAUGAGUCUUUGAUACGCAAUGUUGGGCUUCCUAACAAGAUAGACAGCAUGAAGCCCCCUAAUAAGCUUGAAUCAAAGUGUAAUUGCAUCAUAAUGUGAGAGUUCAUAGUUCAGAUUGCCUUCUGAUUUGUGCCAGCAUUUCUUCUCCUUCUGUUGGCCUAUAUAUAUACACCAGAGCAGAGCUUAGCCAAAUGCUUCCCCGUUUGUGUUUAGGUUUAUGGCUGUUUCGGAUAAAUAGCCAAUUGCUAUGUGGUGGUUCCAAUAUAUUGUAAGAUAUGGCACUUUGUGUUUGACAUAAUUGUAAAGUUAUUUUUUUUCCCCUUCCUUUUUUGUUGUAGGCCAUUAUUUUGAGGUAAUUUGAGGAUUGUGUUCCUCCAGAUGCUCCAUUCUUGUUAUUUGAUUUCCAUCUCAAGUGAUCCAUGAAA